CCGGUUUUUCUGACUUGACCUCUUCCCUUGGCAACCACUUCCUCCGAGCUCCCAACCCGGCCAUCUUUAUUUAACUCAUUCAUGAAAAGUUUUUGUAAAGACACUGGAACAUUGUUGCAUUUGGCUAAGCAUCUAACGAACCACUGGACACAUUCCGUUGUUUUUGUAUCAGCGUGCUCCAGCGUAUGCUACAUCGUAGCGUAUUUCUGUCACCGCCAAAGUUGGACUGAAAGCGUUAGAAUGAGAAAAAAGCAGAAUGUGAAACAGAGAAAGGCAGAAACAAUAACCGCAACAAUAAUAACACCAACACCAUUAACAACAACAACACUAUCAACAACAACACCACCAGUCGUCCAGGAGUUUGUGGUUGAGAAGAUCAUCCAUCGAAGGGUCUCCAAUGGAAGAGUAGAGUACUAUCUGAAGUGGAAAGGAUUCACUGAUGCUGACAACACCUGGGAACCGGAGGACAACUUGGUCUGUCCUGAACUGAUAGAAGAGUUCCUGAGAAACCUCUGUUUGUCUGGAGAGAAUCAGGUUGAGGAAGAGAACCUACAGUCGGUGGAACCAGAGCUAGUCCCCAAAGAGGAACUGGCAGAACAGGAGACUGAGAUUCAGGUGUACAGUGAGCAGAGACAUAAUGACCUCCAGGAACCAGCUGACCGGGAGUCAGAUUCUCCCACUGCCCUCACGUGCCCCCUGGAAGCUGAACGCAUCAUCGGCUCCACAGACAGACAUGGAGAACUCAUGUUCCUCAUCAAAUGGAAGAACCGUGACGAGGUGGCCCUGCUGUCAGCCAGGGAGGCCAGCGCCAGGUAUCCUGAGGUGGUUGUAGCCUUUUACGAGGACAAACUCACCUGGCACUCUGGGGACGAGGACCAGUGAAGGGUGUGUGUGUGUGUCGUAGAGUGUGUGUGUGCAUGUGAGUACACAAGUAUGGAUGUGAACUGACAAGCAUCUGUAGGCAUCUCAUAGGUUAAUUUGUCCUCCAGCGGACCAAGGUCCUCCUUCAGCUGACAUUAAAGUCACAGUGUGUGAAACCAUGUCCUGCUGCAGGUAGACUGAGUCAUGGUGGCAGGUGUAAAAGCCCUCUACGGGGUUGGCUGGGCCUCUUCCUGCUUCCUGUGGUGCUGGGUGAGGUCACAAUGCCUUUAGGGAUGUAGUGCAGCGUGUGGUGGAGUUCAGAACCAUUCAUAGAGACGUCUAUCUCUCUCUGUGGCUCUGAUAGAGUUGAAACUAAUGAAAUGAUGGCAGACAGCCGGUUCACACUGAUGAAUGCUCCCCCAGUCUAUUGUAGAACAUUUCAACCCCAAGCUCUUUGUCGAAGCCUGACGAAGUGUGCGAGUAUCUCUGGAUUACAUGCCUUUGUUGUUUGGGAUCCAGCACUUAAAGUGACUGGAUGUGUGUACACUACGUUUGAAGAGUUGGAACUAACCCUUAGCAUUCCUUUCCCAGUGUCUUCAUGUACUGCAGCAGACUGAAUCACUGUGGACACUGUGUUCUGUUUGACUUUGACUACUGAUACUGUGGUCGUAGAAGCCCAUGUGAUUGUAUUGGAGUUUAGUACUAGAUUUAGUUUGUUGUAUCUUCUGGCUCUGGGGCACCUUGGCCACGAGGCUCUCCCUCCGGCUCUCCCUCCGGCUCUCCCUCCGGCUCUCCCUCCGGCUCUCCCUCCGGCUCUCCCACUGUGAGAUGUCUGUUGUUUUAUUAACUAUAGUAAUAUUGUAUAGUAUUGGGUUCACUGUGAGAUGUCUGUUGUUUUAUUAACUAUAGUAAUAUUGUAUAGUAUUGGGUUCACUGUGAGAUGUCUGUUGUUUUAUUAACUAUAGUAAUAUUGUAUAGUAAUGGGUUCACUGUGAGAUGUCUGUUUUAUUAACUAUAGUAAUAUUGUAUAGUAUUGGGUUCACUGUGAGAUGUCUGUUGUUUUAUUAACUAUAGUAAUAUUGUAUAGUAUUGGGUUCACUGCGCGUUACUCAGUAGAUAACUACUGGCCACCUAAUAUGAUAUCUGCCCCAUUUACUUUUUGCCACAAUCCUUGAAAUUGUACUUUUUUUGUGUGUGUGAAUCAUAGUUGAUAAAUGUGUUACGUUUAGUUUACUGACAAAUGUAGAAAAGUGUUGAAUGAUAGUAGACGGUAUGCUGUUUAAUGUAGAACAUGAUAGUAGACGGUAUGCUGUUUAAUGUAGAACAUGAUAGUAGACGGUAUGCUGUUUAAUGUAGAACAUGAUAGUAGACGGUAUGCUGUUUAAUGUAGAACAUGAUAGUAGACGGUAUGCUGUUUAAUGUAGAACAUGAUAGUAGACGGUAUGCUGUUUAAUGUAGAACAUGAUAGUAGACGGUAUGCUGUUUAAUGUAGAACAUGAUAGUAGACGGUAUGCUGUUUAAUGUAGAACAUGAUAGUAGACGGUAUGCUGUUUAAUGUAGAACAUGAUAGUAGACGGUAUGCUGUUUAAUGUAGAACAUGAUAGUAGACGGUAUGCUGUUUAAUGUAGAACAUGAUAGUAGACGGUAUUCUGUUUAAUGUAGAACAUGAUAGUAGACGGUAUGCUGUUUAAUGUAGAACAUGAUAGUAGACAGUAUGCUGUUUAAUGUAGAACAUGAUAGUAGACGGUAUGCUGUUUAAUGUAGAACAUGAUAGUAGACGGUAUGCUGGUUAAUGUAGAACAUGAUAGUAGACGGUAUGCUGUUUAAUCUAGAACAUAACCAAGGGUUUUAUAAGUGACCAUGGGGAUUUGAUGAGUUACUCUGAUCAAAAUGUGACGUCAUAUGAAAAAAGUAUAUCUGAUGUGAUUAUGUUAAUUCUAUCCAGUCACUGAUUGUUCUCAGCUACUCUUAACCAAAUAUUUAUCCACCAACCUAUAUUUGUUACUGAUAAAUCAUUGUUUUGUUAAGGGUCCCAGAGUUAUAUAUGUUCAGGACAAACUCUAGUCCCUACACAAAAAUGACUGACACUGUAUUCAUUGUGCACCUCUCCCAUGACUGGAAUGUUAUGGGACAAUUACUGUAUCCCAAACGGUACCCUACUUCCUUUGUAGUGCACUAUAUAGGGAAUGGUCUGCCAUUUGAGACUGCCAUUCUGUUGAACCUUUAGUUCUGAGCUGCCUCUGACUGACUAAGUUAGUGUACCUGUUGACCUUUGAUCUGUGAAGUGUCUGUGAAUAAAGCUAGCUGUCACCCUGUGAACCUUUAA